AUGAAAAAUACAAUACCGGAUGAGAAAGAUUUAAAAAAUUCAUCAAUUAAACAAUGGAUGGAUCCACUUUCAAAAAGAGUUUUUUUAAUUAACGUUAACGGUUUGACCAGUAAUUUUUUAGAAUACAAUUCGACGCCUUACAUACAAGAAAAGGUAUCGCAAAGGGGAUUGUUUGGAAUCGUGAGUACGAAUUAUUACGAAACAAACGAAGGAGGAUUGAAAACGCUUUUAUCCGGUAAAAAGGGAUAUUCGUCACCGUUUUACUGGAAUCGACCGAAAGGAUUCGAUUCGAUAUUGGAAUAUUCCAAUUGCAAAUGUUUAAUGGGUGACAAUUUACCGGGUACGAAAAUCAAUUGUUAUUUUCCAGAAAAAGAUCCGCUCAGAGAAUUUAUUAAUUAUUCAAAAACGCUCGAAUUGAAAUUUCAAUCAAAUUGUUUUUACGUUAUAAAUUUUAACAUCGAUCCCGUAUUGAUAGAGGAUUAUAGAGAGAAAUUGAAAAAAAUGGACGACGAUAUAAGAGAGGUCGGAGAGAAAAUCGACGAAUCUUGGGAAAACGAGAAUAGCGUGACGUACAUAAUAACAUCGAGUCGUGGAUCACCCCUAGGAUACGAGGGUAACAUGAAUGCACCCCUAGCAGCUUGGGGAAGUGGUAUAGCAUAUUCGGAAAACGUUUUGUUCGUGAGACGAACGGAUUUGACGGCCAUGUUAUGCGUUCUUGCCGGCGUUAAUUUUCCACCGAAAUUAAUCGGUGUAGUGCCGUUGCAUUUACUACAAUUAAACGAAUAUUAUCAAUACGAAUGGACAUUGUACACGAUAAAACAUUUCGAAAACGUAUUGAAAUUGGUCGAUUUGACGGAUCAAAACGUUCAAUCUCUGGAACUUUUACCGGAUCAAUUAUUCACGAGGUUAAACAGUAUCGUGAAUAGGAUACAAUCGGAAACCUCACAAAAACAAAUUAAAAUGAUACUUUGGAAUUUAAUUUUGAACGUUUUGACCAAUUUUCACUUUCUCACCGUUGCCUCUCACGGCGGUUCCGGAGUAAUAAUAAAAUGGAAUUACAAGGAAAUCAUUUUUUUAUUCUCGUCCGUGGUAUUCACAUUGAUUUUUUUCAACGAGGAUUUGCAAUAUAAAAUCCCGUCGAUAUUUUUCGCCGUGUUAUUUUUAAAAAAUUACACAUUGAUUUUUCGAGAUCAAACGAAAAUACAAUUCAACGAUUUGGCAUUAACAAUAAACGUAGCAUACGCCGCCAUUUUCCUAAUCAAAUGCAUCGGUAACGCACACGGAAUACUCGUUUUAAUGAGUUUCGUCAUAUUUUGUUCUUUUUUCCGGAGUUCAUGGACGCAAUUUAACAUAUUCGUUCGAUUGAUACACGUUGCAUCGGGAAUAUUCCUGAGUUUUUUACCCCACAGGAGAGUUUUCGGUGAAAUGCCAAAAACUUGGAUCACAUCGACCGUGAGCUUGACGUUUCUCGCAUGUUUCUGGAUCCUUUUUAAACAUUUCAAAAGAAAAAUCGAUACGCAUUUUAAACUGACGUCUCUUUUGAUAAUAUUCACGUUCGUACACGUUCACAUUUUGUACAAGUAUUAUUACAAUCCGGAAAUACAAAAUCCAUUUUCUUAUUACAUAAUAAUAUUGUUUUUAAUAUCCGCGUACACGGCAUCUGGAACGCUCAUGGAAAGAUUGAUGAAAAUAUAUUUAUCGUUUUUAGUACCCAUCGAAUUGUUAUCGAUACGCGUGGAAUCAAUAUAUUAUUUUCUUAUCGUCGUUCAAAUGUUCACUUUUUUAUUCGUGGAAUAUCACGACGACAUAUCGUCGAUAUUAAAAUACACUCCGUCGAUAUUUUCAUCCGAGCCUAAAAUCUAUAAAAAUUAUUCGUCAUUUUCCCUUCGUCACUUGAUGUUUUUCACUAUUUACACGUACACGAGUUACCACGGAAUGGGUCACGAUCCGAAAUUUCAUCCCUACGAUUAUUACGCAAUAUCAAAAUUUUUUUACCGUUAUCCAGAGUCAAUAUCGACAUUUUUAUUCGCAUAUAAAUUUUUCAUACCUUUUUUCGUGCCCACGAUAUCGUUCAUGGCUUUGAGCAGUUUAAAAGAGAAAAAUUUCGACAGUCGUUUCGUGACGUUCAUAUGGGCUUCGGACUUGAUGGCGUCCUUUUUUUUAAUCGUAUUAGCUAUAAAUAAAAUUUUUUCAAUAAGAUUAUUACCGGUUAAUUUAAUACACGUCAUUAUACAACAAUUUUCAGUAGUUUCCGUUAUACUAUCGUAUUUUUUAGGAUGUUUCCUUUUGUAUCCGACGGAAAGGAAAAAUGUUGAAACUUUACAAACAAUUUCGGAAUGA